CUAGUAUCAUCAUAAUACAGUAAUAACUAUCAUAAUAAAAUGUCAAGAUCUGGUGUUGCCGUCGCUGACGAAUCCUUAACUGCUUUCAAUGAUUUAAAAUUAGGUAAGAAGUAUAAAUUCAUUAUCUUUUCUUUAAAUGACAGUAAAACCGAAAUUGUUGUUGAAGAAACUUCAACCAACACUGAUUAUGAUGCAUUCUUAGAAAAAUUACCAGAAAAUGAAUGUAAAUAUGCCGUAUACGAUUUUGAAUAUGAAAUUGGUGGUGGUGAAGGUAAAAGAUCAAAGAUUGUCUUUUUCACUUGGUCUCCAGAUACUGCCCCAAUUAGAGCUAAAAUGGUUUACGCUUCUUCUAAGGAUGCUUUAAGAAGAGCCUUAAAUGGGGUUGCAUCUGAUAUCCAAGGUACUGAUUUUUCAGAAGUUGCUUACGAUACUGUUUUAGAAAGAGUUAGUAAGGGUGCUGGAUCUCACUAGAGCAUUUGACCAUUCGAAGGAGUAAUUGACUAAUUCAAUUAUAAGUCAAUUAGCUGAUGUUUGAUAAUAAAGUAAAGUAAAAAAGAAAAAAAAAAGAACACUGAUUUGAUUUCAAGCAAUUAUACUAGUAAAACUGUAUUUAUCAUUAUAAAUAUAUAACUAACUAAAUAACUAUUAUAUUUAUAUUGUGUAAUUGUGUUUUUUAUAU